AUGGAGACGGUUGUGCACGAGCUCCAGAGUGACGCACAACUGGGUGUUUUUCUGAGCUCAAACUGCAACGUAAACGCCAUCGCCAGUGUAAUUGUAGCACGAGAUUCGACUUCACAUGACGUUAGCGGCUCCUCUCGACGUCGCGCCAGCUUUACUACGAACGAUAUUGCAACAAAUGAAGAUCCAGACGGUCUUAGUCAAUUGGAACAGUUUGUAGAGCGUUUGGACAAUGCAGUGCAGCGUAUCGAUCGUGUGAUUUCGGAGCAUAUUGGUGAACACCACGCCACGCUGCUGGAUCAGGUGAGCUCAGUGGACGAGCUUCAGGACCAUGUGAUGUCUGUACAGAGCUCAGUGGGACAACUGAAGCAAUCGGUUCAUUUGCUGGAGUCGCAAGUGCGCGAGCAGCACGAGGAGCUACGGGACGCGAUCCAGCGUUAUCGUAACGUCGAGCAAUGUGGAGACAUUGUACGGCGAGUGCUUCGUUUCCAACAGCUGUCAGAUCGUGUAAUAGGGUCAGAGUUGAAUCAAGUUGAUGCUGCGUCGACGGAGAUGGUGGUAGAGACUGGAAGCAGCUUGAUAGGAGAUGCGAGACAGAACGAGAUGGCCUCGGUGGCGCUAGCGAUCAGAGAGAUGGAGAUGCUGGUACAAGAUGAGAGAUUUGAAGAACUGAGCGUCGUGCGUGCCAAACUACCAGCUACACGUAAACUUGGUACCAACUUAAAACGUGAAGUGCGCACUGCACUUCGUUCAAGUAUUGAGAGUCUGAGUCAGGCAAAUGUCGGCGAUGCGCUGCAGAUCCUUUUCUACUUGGGAGACUUGGCUACGACAGCUCAAGCCUCAGUGAAUGAUGUGAUUCAGGAAUUGGAACGCAGGUGCACUGCAGCUAUCUCAGAAGAGAAACUUAUGGGCUCUAGUGGAACCAACUUGAACGGCUUAAACUCAAGUAAUGGACUACCUUCUGGUAGCAUCGUGCAGAAAUCUGACGUGUGGAAAGCACUUCAGGAUGUUUUUGAUGUCAUUCGCGUGCAUGCACUUCAAGUGUGGAAUCUGCAGCGCGUGCUUCUAAAGAUGGUAGACCCGGCGUCAGGCAAAAAGUACAUGGAUUUGGUCCUUGCUCUAGAUGAGCCGUCUCUCUUUGCUACAUUCUGGGAGGUGACAUGCGCUAUUGUGCGAGAGUUGUUCGCGUCGACACUAAGCUACAGUACGGCGGUGAAAUCUGUGUUGAUCGCGGAAUAUCCUCGUAUGCGAGAGCAAGCUACACGAGUGCUAAACGAAAUGUAUACCGCUACGGGGCAGAGCGCAGGUGCAGAAUUCAUAACAGAUUCUUUGAACGCUGCAACGGAAGCAAUUGACGCGAAAAGCGGAGUAACAGAGAGAGAGAUGGCGCCCAUUGCGGGCUCUGUGGCCGAGCGCGCACAAUUACUGGACUCCAUGGCACCAUUGCAUGAUGCGUUUAUCGAUCGUGCUUAUCGCAGGAUGCUGAACCCUAUACAGCUCAUGUUUCCACAAAGCUCUAGUUUUCACGCAUCACCGCCCGGUCGCAGCGAUAUGCAAACUCUAUCACGUACAAUUCUUUCUGAGCUAGAACAGGCCGGCCAAGAUCCCGUGCUGCUGGAUGGCGUCCUUGAGCAGGUGCAAAAGGCUGUUAUCUUGUUCUGCUCUAACGUGAAAACCAUUAUGCACCAGGGAAAGGCGGCUGCUGCGACACUGCCGUCUUUUGGACGAACAUCUGCGCAGGCCCACAAUGUUGGGCUCAUGAAUGUUUUGAGCUUACUGGAUGGCGCAGUUGAGGAAGUAGAGAACCGUGUCAAACUUACUGCAGCUAAAAAUGGUUCUCAAGCAGAAACAACAGCAUCCGUGUCUUGUACCGCUGGUGUCAUUGCUACUGGCGUAGUCACUCCAAAAGAAGCCAAAUCGCUGUGCACGAAAAGUUUAGCUCCGUGUCGUCAGAUGAUCGGGGACCUGGAAUACGCCAUGUUGGGAUACUAUCUGCAGGCACUUGCAGUAUUGCUGGAGGACAUUUUCGCAAAAAUGCAUAGUGAGUCCUUUGGUGAUCAAAGUGCGGCAACCGGCGUGGCAGCUUCUGGCGAUACGCCGCGAAGUAACGGUGAAUUUCGCCCGUCACCGAGCACAAGCGGUUCCAAGUAUAUGCAAGAAUUCAUCAACGCGUUCUCUAUUAUUCUGGAAGAGCAUCUCCGUCGCCUCCCCGUGGCUACCUUUGCCACGAAGUGUAUGGUGGAUUUUGUAGAGCGACUCAUCUCGGUGUUUAUCCGGCAUGCAUCCUUGCUUCGCCCACUUACUGAGAAUGGCAAGCUGCGUCUAGCGAAUGACAUGACGCAACUGGAACUACGGCUAGAGCAUAUCGUGCCAAUGUGCAAUGUUGGUGCUUCCUACGAGGAGCUCCGCGCGUUUCGCCACAUGAUUUUCUUAGAAAACGGUGAAAUUCUUCGCGACACUACCAUUGACAAGAUUCGACCAAGCAACGUGUGGCACCACCUCACGUCUCGCGCUCCGCCUGAGCUUCAACUGCCACAUCAGAUGAAAAACUGGACAGCCUCUAAGUAUAUCGAGUGGCUCGACACUACACGGCAAUCUUCGUCAUCUACGAGCGACAAACCAUCUGCGUUGUCACCGUCUUGGAGAGAACUGCCGCUUGGUUAUCCAUGCUUGAAAGACUCUCGCUUAGGUUUGCAAGCUGAAAAGCAGGCUUGGAAAGAAAUAAGCAAGUGUCUUGACGCAUACUCUCAGCGCGUGAGCGCAUCUGCAAAUGCCGAGUUGAGUCCAGUUUACGACUUGUUGCAGGAGUCUAGUACCAUUCUGUUGGCAGGUUACGAAGUAAUGGAUUCUCGGCAAAUGAAAUAG